UCAACUCCGCUCCAUUUAGCCUUCUACUUGACAACUUGCCGGCGGAGAGGAGUUGCAACAAUAGCAGCGGAAGCAGAAGGAACGUGCCGUCGCUCAGCUGGUCUCAUUAACUAACUAUAAGUACAGCUGCUCAGCGGGCUUCUCCCUCCGCAUACAUUUAGAAGACCUGCUGGAUUUUGUGUAGCCAUGGGCAGCAAGACUCUGCCAGCGCCAGUUCCUCUCCACCCAUCUCUCCAGCUGGCCAACUACUCCCUCCUCCAGAGUUCCAUGGGCCUCCAGCUGCCAACAGAUCAUUUCCACAGCAUCUACAGCUUUAGUGCCCUACACUCCAUCCAUCUUCACCAGUGGACCCUUGGCUGUCCAUCUCUAGCUCUGCCCCCAUGCACAAUUUCCAAACUGCCUGCCCAGUUUUCCUCCAUGGCCUCCAUCCCCAUAUUCCCUCACCUUUGGCAGUCCAAGCAGGGUACAUCAGGACUGCUGCAGGACUCAAAGUCCAAGCCCCGCUUUGAUUUUGCCAACCUGGCAGCAGCAGCUACCCAGGAUGAUCAGUUAAAGGCAGAAGACCUGAGUGUGACAGGUGCUGCUACUGCAGCCUCACCUCACCACACAGCCUCAGUUGGUCUAGGCUGCCUCGUGGAUGUGACCAAACUCUCCACACCAGAACGCAAGUCAAGUCAGGGCCGACUGCCCUCCAAAACCAAGAAAGAGUUUGUCUGUAAGUUUUGUGGCCGUCAUUUCACCAAGUCCUACAAUCUUUUGAUCCACGAGAGAACACAUACGGAUGAGAGGCCGUAUACAUGUGAUAUCUGUCAUAAGGCCUUCAGACGACAGGACCACCUCCGGGACCACAGGUACAUUCAUUCCAAAGAAAAGCCCUUCAAAUGUCAGGAGUGUGGGAAAGGCUUCUGUCAGUCCAGGACUCUGGCUGUUCACAAAACAUUACACAUGCAGGUUAAGGAACUGAAGGCAACCAAGAUUAAGUGAUUCACUCUGGUGACAAUGGCAAAUCAAUGACCAAAGAUACAGCCAAUGACCUACCAGACACUGUUUUGUUUUAUAAUUUCAAUUGUAAAAAUUAUGACUUUUUAUAGUAAACAAUUGAUAAGAAUUACUGGACUUAAUAUUGAAAUGAUAUUUAGAAAAUGUAUGCGUAUGCUGAGUUAUCAAAGCCUGACUUGGCAGUGAACCCAGUAGAUGUGUAGAAUGUGAAAUUCACUAAAAAACUAAUUAAAAAAAUGUGUGCCUUCUCAGUACUAAUAAGUGUUUGUAAGCAUAUAAUCCAAAUAUUUUAUUGAAGGGACAUGUAUUUUUGUUGAAUGAUCAAAGCCUAGCACAUUUUCUUCCUUUUCAGUAGAACAUUCCAAUUAUAUUUUUGUACAGAUGCAUUAUA